AUGCCAAAUUAUCGUCGCGUGGUUCUACUCGAAAUAGAACUUCAGCACGAAAUACAGAAAGAGACAACGAAAUACAUCAAGCAUUGUGUUCGAGCUACGCCGCCCUCGUCGUCUGCCCCCUCGCCCUCACCUCAAACUCCAAACCCCUCCAUCCCAAACUCGGCCAACCUGACGCCGAAAGUCUCCGCCUCGUAUGCUCUGCUCGACCAACUGAACAGCGAAAAGAUAGCACUCUCGCAGCGCAUGACGGAUCUCAUUGCGCGCGCGAAGGCCCGCCUGGACUACGAUCUGGCGCGGGUCCUCGUGGCGCAGGGAGACGCCGAUCCUGCGAGCGCGAGUGUUACCGCCGCCGCUGCGGGUACGACUAGCGGGUACAGCUGGGCGAAUCUCGGACCGUCGUCCAUUGGCGCUGGGACUGGCUCUACGCGCAGCGCGAUCAAGGAGGUCAACGAGCGGUUGGCGACGACCAUCGCACUCCCGGAGGUGCCCAAUCUGACGGCGACUGCGAUGCCGCUCCCGAAACGACGGAAAUUAAAUGUGCAGCCCUCGACUCCCACCAUCAAGCUGCCCUCUCCAUCUCCGUCCAUAAUCGCAUCGACACCACAGCCCUCCGCCGCCCCAGGGCGCUCCCGUCUGCACAACCAGAUCGGAGUCACUGUUCGCGGGCGGCGGGCCGCGCAGGCCGCCGUCAAGUCCGAGCAGAAAGAGGAGGAGGAGGAAGACGCGGAGGGCGACGAAGACAUGGACGCCGAAGCGGAGGGCGAGGCGGAGGGCGCCGAGGUGGAGGAGGCCGGCGAGGACGACAGGGUCUACUGCUUCUGCGGCAAGCCCAGCUAUGGCGAGUUCCACCUCUCGUGCGUCAACCUCAAGCCGCCGCUGCCCGAGACGUGGUACUGCGACGAGUGCGUCAGAGCAGGCCGCGCGCCCCCGGGGUACCGCGGCCCCGAUGCCCAGCAGCCGACGAGGAAGAGGGGCAGGAAGUAG